UUACAUAGCGCCCGAUAGUUUUACGAUCUAGCUUGUUCGUUGGAAGAUCAAGAUGAUUACUCUUUUCUGCGCAAUAUUGUGCUCAUUACUGGUUCUUGCUUCAAGUUCUCCGAUUGAAGGAGUAACCGCAAGACCGGAUGACUUCCGGUACCUAACAGCGUAUUCCGAGCCGGAUUCGAUCGGCGAGAACUACACGUUCUACGAGUACACGCCUGAGUUGAGCGUGGUGAUGAUGAACAAUGUCAUCGAUAGCGUGUGUGCGACUGGAUUCUGGAUACUUUAUGACUCCAUCAACUACAUUGACCGGUUUGUUUCCUGCAUUUAUCAUGGAGUAAGCGCCUGCGCGACCUUUGCCCCAGCCUGUCAGAAUAGGGCAUCUUCGCUUAGAUAUGCCGGCAGUCCAUACGGCCUCAACAAUGACUACUACAAUUUGUAUCAAGAGAUAUAUUUAGGAGGUGAGGAAUUUCGAGGCGAAAAGGACGCUGCCGACCUGGGCGAUUUUGACCUCACCAUUUCUUCAUUAGUGGUGACUGGCCAGUCAGCGUGGACAUUCUAUAGAGGCCUCAACUACACGGGGUUGCCCAUGUGCAUGUAUCCAGAUGGGCACUACACAAACGAUGGCAUUGAUAUCGACUACGGAUUUAUUUUCGACAUGAGUGAGUUCGGCUGGCCCGACAACUCCAUCAGGUCUGUGAGGCGCGGCUGCCACGUCCAGAAUGUUGUGCGAGCGCCAGUGAACCGCACUCCAGGCGGUGGGAAAACGUCCAUGACGUCAGCACCUGAAGAGAUGGAUGCGAUGUCCAUCACAAGCGUACACACAGUGCAUGUGUAGCGCAUACAUGGUCAAGGUCUUAGUUUACACUUUUAGUGAAAGAACUAAGUGUGAACGCGUCAGCUUAUUUAUUUACUGAUUAGCUACUCAUAUUAUGUUGGGGAGGGAAAAUUUUUUGUUAUUUUGAAUGUUCAUUCGUGGGUAUAUGAAACUGUCGGAAUGGAAGCAAGAAUUUUGUACGUUUUCUUCCUCCAAUAUCAAUGCUAGUCAGAAGCGCUCAAUCCAUUAUGGCGUGACUGCCCUUUGGUAAGAUUGUCACCGGACGUUCACCGCAACCUUCGAUCUUGUCAGAAUGUAUUGAGCCUUACGGCCAAACACCGGCAAUUAUCUUGUAAAAAUACGCUGACUUUGACAAAAGUUCAAUUGCCCUGGGAUUUCGUCAAUUAAAACUUCGGUUAACAUAUUAAAUCGGUUAAACUAAUUAAAACUUCGGUUAACAGAUUUAUUCCAGCAAGGGACAGUUUAAGACAGGCACGUUUAAAAUUUCAAGCUUGAGCGGCAUUAGGUGACAUGAUCGAGAAACAGUUUAAUAAAUCUUUCGCGGCACAGCCACGACUCUAGCGUUAUUUCAAAGAAUCGCCGAGAGUUAAUAGAGCGGAGUGAGUUUAGGCAAGUGUAGCAUACCAAGAUACCUGUAUACUUAGUGAGUAGCCACGAAGAAGAAGCACGUUGAGAAGUCUUGCUCCAUUAGCUUUCGUCCUUGUUUCGUGUUCAUUAUGUUGGUUUCAAUAAAAUCUGUUACAUGCA